GUGGUAUAAGAGUAAGCCUGAACAAUUGGCAGUCUCAUGAAUAGUAGUCACUAAUGACACCACCACUGUUGUUGUUAUGUUGUUAAGGGACUAAUGUUGAUAGACAAGAACAUUACACAGUCUAAUAUCCAGGGCGAUGUAAAAAAAGGCCCAUUGUUAAACACUUUGUUAUGAUGAUGUAACCCAAGAUAUGUAAUAGAGGUAUGCAGCCUUGCAGUACAUUCUACAGUAAUGGAGUUGUUGUGGUCAUCUUGAACUAUGUAAUGGCGCUGUUGUGUUGCUGUGGCUUUACAGGCAGGAUCUACAUAUAUUGUAGAGUUACAGCGUUUAUGCACAUUUGCUUUGUUGUAGUUUUAACAGUUUAAAAGACGGAAUCAGAUCGGUUAACGUUACUUAACACAGUACAUUCGUACUGUAAAUGCUCAACAUGAAAUGUAUCUGAGUCUAGCAUGCUAAACUAUAAAACUAUUGUUCCAUAUAUCGUCAUUAUCUUGUUCUGAUAUUGGUAAGCUGCAGACUCUCUCAAGAGUUAUAGGUUUCCUGGCAACUUGUUCAACAGGAAAGACAAUGAUCUUUUAAAAAGAUAUGCCAAGCAUCGCUUGUGAAUUUUCCUUUUUUUGUGGUCAUCAUUUCACGCGAACUUCAUUUUUGUUUCUGAUGUUUUGAAACAGUUGCUUGGAAUUGGAUACGAUGUUUUUAGUAUCUUGAUUUAAAGUAUAGAUUGAAAAAACUGUCUCUUCUGAUCAAAUUUGUACAAUAUUAUCUAAUUUUAAAUCGCUUAGUAAGAAUACGUUUGGCUAAUGUCCAAGUAUCGUUUAAAAGUAACGCAAUUCCACUGUAUUUGUAUUGUAGUACUGUGAUGGGUUUAAUAAGACAAAUUCGCUCAGCAGGCAAAUAAAACCACUAAUUAUUCUUACUAGUAAUAUCACAUCUCCACAAACAAUUCUUUUCCAUUAUAAUUUGUCUUUCAUUAUGAUAACGACCUUAUCUUCACAACCUAACUUAGUGGAUUCAGCGGAGAGAAAAAGUUCAGAAAUGGAAAAUGAAAAGAAUUCACAGUCCUACCCGUUCAUUUUCAGAUUUAAAGAUAUCAGCAACAACUACCUAGAUGAGCUGUUCAGGGAGAGAAGAUCCUGUUUUAGCAUUGUAGUUUGGUUAGGGCUGUUGCUAACGAUGGCUGUGUUCUGUUUCUACAUUGUGUACCAACUACUGGCACAGUAUUACCUGUACGAGUCUUAUAAUCUGGAGUUCAACCAAGUGUCAUCCAGUUACACCUUACCAGCAAUAACAAUAUGUAAUCUAAACCUGCUGAAUUAUACGAAGUUGGAAGCGGCGGGUUUAUACAUUCCCUAUAAAGAAUGGGUUGUUGGUCAUGGGCAAAGAAACUCCUCGGCAGACGACACCGAGACAGAGGUUAACGAAGAAUUGGAUCAGGAGGAGAUAUACACUACGUACAGGAUGGAAAUACACGAUUCUGUUAUUAACGAGUUAACAUUUUUUGCGAAAGAGCCGACCGACUUCAAAGAGUUCACCUCGUUUGCGUACACGGAGAAAGGUAUGUGUAUGGAGAUGAAUGACGAUGAGCAGCUGAUCCAAAGAGUGAACGGAGCUGCGGGUGGUCUGUCCUUGACUCUGGAUGCCAAGACUGAUCAUUAUCUGCCCGAAACGGAACAAGCAGGAUUUAUGGUGACACUGAGAAUGCCAAACGAGACAGUUCUCAGUCAAGAAUUUGGGUUCCUUGUUGCGCCCGGUAAAGAAUACCACAUAAAUCUACGAACAAAAACCGUGACAAGAUUGUCAGAACCGUGGGGGAACUGCGUAGACGCCGAGGAUAUAUUCGACGAUGAGGGCAGUUGGUCUUUCAAAGAGUGCUAUCUCGCCCAGAUGCUGUGGAUGUACCCUAAGCUCAGACACCUGGGGUGCGGAUGUUACCCUUGGUACUUUUACCAGAGAUAUAUCGAGGACGAAGAGGACUCUAAAUACGAACCCAGUAUCAAGUGGAAGCUCGUUCAAGCCUGGACUGAGACCUUGCCCUACGAAUACAAUUUCAAUUUUACUGAUACAUGUGAAUACGACGACAGCGGCUACACACCGAGUAGCAACAGAAUAGAGACACUAACUGAGGUGACAUCUCUGAAGAAGUGCGAGGAUUUGUGUCGGGAUAGUACUAGCAGUUGUCGGUACUUUAUCUUCUCCAAUACCACUAACGACAUGUUGAACGCUAACGAAUGCUGGCUGUACGAGAGAGGAGCAGAGAUCAGCAAGAUAUCCCUAAACACAAAGACAACAGGUCUAGUGUGGGGUGACACGCAGUGCUACAACAUGGAACAGUGUUCUGUGUCUGCCGGGGCUGCUUGUAAGAAUAAGAUUAUGAAUGCGCUAAUGUCAUCAGAUGAUGAUUUAGAUGAAACAGGCAAGUCUAAAACCCCUCCCACGUGCUACGAACCCUGUAGUUUCAAUGAGUACCUGUACGAUGUAUCGGACAGUAAUUACCCCACACGUAGAUACUGGGAUAAUUAUCUCAGUGAAAUAAUAACAAAGUACGAGUCUAAACAAGAAGCAGCAGAGAACUUGGUGAAGAUAGUGUUCUACACUGACCAGAUGAGCACAAUAAAUGUUGUACAGACACCUAGCUAUGAAAUAACCAGCUUUAUAGCGAAUGUUGGUGGUCUGACUGAUCUCUUUAUUGGACUCUCCUUCUUUACAUUCUACCAGUUUAUUGAGUGGCUGGUAACUAAAACAGUACGUAGACUAACAGUCGAUAGGAGAAUCAAAAUUGAUGAAAUUAAUAAUAUUCGUGUGGAGGAUACGGGCCUGUGAUCAGGAAUCUUCUGGAACAUAUCCAAUUAUUACAGACUGAAUUUUUUCUUCAGUCGAUUAAAACGUUUGUAUGUAUAAAGACUUUUUAUUAACUUACUAAAUUAUUACCGACCGAAUUGUGCACAUGAGUCGACCAAAACAUUUAUUGUUGUAUAAACUUUGAGCUUAAUCAGUUCAGGGAGGGUAAAGUAUCUCGAUGUCUGAUAUGUCGAUGAUUCAGCGAAAUUUGUUCUUCCGAAAAAGUCUGCCCCCUGCACUGAUUUGAUACUGCCAAAUUGAAAACUUAACUUAUUUUAUUUAUCUGUGAAUUAA